AUGGCGAGCCAAACAGAAUCUGGACUUCAGCUUCCUCAUGCUCUAUGCUCAAGGCAAAGGACUGUAUUAUGUUCAGUUAGAAGAUGACAUUAUUGCAAAAGAAGACUACUACGAGGCCAUGAAGACGUUUAUCAGUCAGCAGACCUCCAACCGCUGGUUCAUCCUGGAGUUCUCGCAACUUGGAUUUAUAGGGAAAAUGUUUCGUAGUAGUGAUCUGCCCCUGGUGGCGGAGUUCUUCCUGAUGUUCCAUAAGGACAAACCUAUUGACUGGCUCCUGGACCACAUCCUGUGGGUAAAGGUGUGCCACCCUGAGAAGGACCAGAAACACUGCAGUGAACAGAAGGCUCAGCUCAAGCUGACGUACAAGCCAUCCCUCUUCCAGCACGUCGGCCUCCACUCCUCACUGAACGGAAAACUACAGCAUCUGAAGGAUCGAGACUUUGGGAACCAGAAGCUGUACCGACCCCACAGGAACCCCGAAGCCAGUCUGGGCAGCAGCUUGAAGCAUUACCAGGAGCACAGCUUGCACAGGGCGUACCACGGCCAGGACUUCUUCUGGGCCUUAACACCUGUCCAGGGUGACUACAUCCUCUUCAACUUCACCCAGCCAGCAAACAUUUCUGGGUAUUUCUUUCGCAGUGGAAAUAUUCAGACCAGUGCAGAUAAAUUCUAUGACACCACAGUGGAAGUGCGCCCCAGCAGCAGGAGUGAGGACUUGGUUUAUGAUUCCUCUGCACCUGAUGAAGGCUUCAUCGUUAUUGGUAAGUACAGGCGUCACGACGCGUCAUCGUCACAUAGCAACUCACGUGGCGCACUGAGACGCCACAGAUCAAAGUGUCCCAGUUAG